AUGGAUGAGCGGGGGUCAGAGGUAACAUUCAUGUUCCAGUUUGGACUUAUCAGAGAUGCUAUCACAGUUCAGCAAUCAUCACUCAACUUAAAAACCAUCAAAACACUGGCAUGUGAUUUCAUAAACUCUAAGAUUCCUGAUCAUGGAAUAAACAAAAUAGAAGAUCGCCUGUUGCUGUUCAUACAUGCAUAUAACUCAAAUAAUAUCUUGCAGCUUGUCAAUUCUGCAUCUGAUGUUGUGGAUGAAACUCUUAUAGAAAUUGUUCUAACUGGGAAAGUUCCCACAAGUUCUAUACCAGAUAUUACUGUGGUGAGGCCACAUGCUCUCUCAGUACAUUCAUACAAGACUCCAACAUUCUGUGACUUUUGUGGAGAAAUGCUCUUUGGAUUGGUGCGACAGGGCUUAAAAUGUGAAGGUUGUGGACAGAAUUAUCACAAGAGAUGUGUGGUAAAGGUGCCAAACAAUUGUUCGUACACUUUGCUGGAUGACAAGCAAAGACGUCGUUCAACCCAGAAUCUCCAAGUGCCGAGGAGCCCUUCUGGUGGAUCUGGGGGCUCUAACACCUCCCUUGCUUCUGUUAAUUCCACACAUACUGAAGACAGUGGGCUGUUUCCGAGCACAAACCGUAGCCCAUCGAUGGGCGGCAGGCCGAUAUGGAUCGAGAAGGAGCUAUCAUCACGGUUUCGAAUCCCGCACACGUUCGUUCUGCAUACGUACACCCGUCCCACCGUCUGCCAAUACUGUCGCAAGCUGCUCAAAGGGCUUUUCAAACAAGGAUUGCAAUGUAAGGACUGCAACUACAAUGUGCACAAGAAAUGUUUGCAGAAAGCUCCCAAGGAUUGCACGGGCGAGUUGCCGGGUAACGGACAUAGUAAUGUUGAGUAUCCAGAUAGUUGUGCAAGCAAUGAUAGCCGUUACAAUUUGACGCUAGAAGAAGAUGACCAAGAAGCAAUGAAGGAUUCUUAUUCUUCAGACAACGGCGACAGUAACAAAUACAUUGAAGUGAUACCCGUACAUGAUGACGACAACGAUCUUACGCCUUCCUCAUGUAGCUCAUCCUCAUCACCCAGUGCCAACAUUCCACUGCAACGAAUUGUGCAAUCAGUGAAACACACAAAAAGGAGAGGAUCAAAGGUUAUAAAAGAAGGCUGGCUUGUACAUUUCACUAAUAAGGAUAGAAUGAUUCGUAGACAUUUUUGGCGAUUAGAUACUAAAUCUAUUGUUCUAUUUCAAAGUGAGGACAGUUCGAAGUACUAUAAAGAAAUACCAUUAUCAGAAAUAUUGACAAUUGAUACUGCAAGAAUAAAGCAAGGAGAAGUGAUGCAUUGUUUUGAAAUUAGAACUGCCAAUGUAGACUAUUUUGUUGGUCAAGACCCGCUUUAUGAUUUACAAGAAGGCAACUCUGUCAAUUUACCACCGCCAGAUAGUGGAAUAGGAGCAUAUCUUGCAAAAAGCUGGGAAACUACCAUACGUCAGGCAAUAAUUCCUGUACAAGCGAAUGCAAAACAUGAAGAAACAUCGGCUAGUGAAGAACAGAUUACCGACAUGAGCCAGAUUUAUCAAAUUUAUCCAGAUGAGGUCUUGGGAUCUGGACAGUUCGGAAUUGUGUAUGGCGGAGUUCACAGAAAAUCAGGCAAAACAGUAGCUAUAAAAGUCAUAGACAAGUUGAGAUUUCCUACUAAACAGGAGGCGCAGCUCAAAAACGAAGUGUCAAUUUUACAGAAUUUAUCACAUCCGGGUGUGGUUAAUCUAGAAAGGAUGUUUGAAACCCCAGAAAGAAUUUUUGUUGUUAUGGAGAAACUGAAAGGUGAUAUGUUAGAAAUGAUUCUGUCACAUGAUAAAGGCAGACUGACCGAACGAGUUACAAAAUUUUUGAUCACUCAGAUUUUGAUAGCGCUGAAGCAUUUGCAUAGCAAAAAUAUUGUGCACUGUGAUUUGAAACCUGAAAAUGUUCUUUUAAGUUCAGAUGCCGAAUAUCCUCAAGUUAAACUAUGCGAUUUUGGAUUUGCUAGAAUUAUUGGCGAAAAGUCUUUCCGGAGAUCUGUGGUAGGAACACCAGCAUAUUUAGCUCCCGAAGUAUUAAGAAAUAAAGGGUACAAUAGAUCUUUGGAUAUGUGGAGUGUUGGUGUAAUAGUGUACGUUAGUCUCAGUGGUACAUUCCCGUUCAAUGAAGAUGAAGAUAUAAAUGAACAGAUACAGAAUGCUGCAUUUAUGUAUCCACCAAACCCUUGGAAAGAAAUUUCUUCUGAUGCAAUAAAUCUAAUAAAUAAUUUAUUACAAGUAAAACAAAGGAAGAGAUUUACAGUUGAUAAAUCGUUAGCACACGUCUGGUUGCAGGACUACGAGACGUGGUGUGACUUGCGCACGCUUGAAGGUCAAGUAGGUGUACGCUACUUAACCCAUGAAUCGGAUGACGCCAGAUGGGAACUUUUUAAGGCUGAACUAUGACCAGAGAAAGGAUGGCUCUGCACUGUUAAAAAGUGCCUUCGGGGGCUAAAGAUGUAAAUGGCCGAAACGUUUUGAUCAUUCACAUUGUUGUUAUACAUGCAUUUUUAAGGAAAACGUUGAGUCCAAUACUCAUAAAUUUUGAGAUUAGAAAAAUUCAUUACAGGCUAAAAUUCAGCAUGAUGGUAGUUAAUAGUACUGAUAAAAAUCAUUCCUCGCCCCAACUAAAACAGUUCUAGAUUUACGAGAUGUAAUAGUAUUUUUGUUUUCCUUCUACCUAAAAAACAUACUGAGAAAAUUUGUUACAGAAACAGCAAUUUACGAUACUUCUUCCAGUUUUUGCUUUCCACGCCAUUGGCGAGGAAGGAUUGUAAUUCUAAAAAAUUUCGAAAAGGAGCUAUUUUUUUAUGUUUAUGAAGUGUACAUCAAAAAAAAUGCUCACCAAUUUCCAUCGACCUGUAUGUCUGUCAGCUAAUCAUUGGCUCGUCUAUAACUUUGAAAGUACUCUUGGAUUUUGAAGAAAUUUUCACCAAAGGUCGCUGCUAUGCCAAACGCAAAAAAGCUUUGCCAAAGCCAAAACACGAAAAAAAAAUUAAAUAUUUCAAACUUCGUUUUUUGACUUCUCAGAUGGUUCUGAUUAUUUUCAGAAAUGUUGUGUAGGGAUUAAAAAUUGGGGGUUGG